AGCCAUAUGAUUCAGCCGAUGGGGCCUCCUCCAUCCCUCUCAGCACACUGAUACUUACCACUCCCACACUGAACCUCCCCGCGGCCGGCCGAGAUGGCGGGCGCUCGCCUCGCGCUGGCCGGGCUGCUCGGGCAGCUGCUGCCGUGCGCGGGCCUGGGCGUGGCGUCCAGCGGCGGGGCGACUGGUUCUGGAGAAAUCCCGCCCCAGCCGCGCCGGUCGACGCCUGCCUGACCGCCAGGGAGGGCGACCGCUGCCACAAGGCCGUGAAGUACGCCGUCGAGAAAGGCUACUCUCGGCACCCCCAGUAUUACCCGGAGUACAAGCACACGGGCUCGACUCAUGUUGACAUGUGGGAGAUGCAGAUGGUCUUGUACAAGCUCAAGAAGGCUGGGUGCGCCAUGCCCUGCCAGCUCGACGCGAGGGAGGCCGACCAGGAGCUCGAGACGAACACCACGGACGUCGGGUCGAGCACCGCGGAGGCCCAGGAG